CUGCCAAGCAGCUCCUCCUCCUUCCUCGGUCUCGCUCGUUGGAACCCGACGUUCAUCUUGUGCCGUGCCAGCCACCCGCACCGGCCUCUGCCUUUGGUCACUGUGUACUCCAAGUGCCCACACUCCCACCAACUCCUCCGAUACCCCCGUGCCCUUCGCGCCUGCAGCCCCGCCACCCAGCCAUGGAACACGCCAACACGACUCCCGAAUGGCUGAUCGACAUCCUGAUGCCAGCAUGCAACGCCCUCGCCCGGGGCUGCACCUUCCAACAACUGCUCGAAGGCGUGUGGAAUAGCCUGCUCGACUCGCUGAAGCACGGCAAAAAUGCCCUUGCCGCGCGCGAGGCCAUCGUCUCGCGCAUGCAGCUGCUCGGAAUCCCGCAGGCCCGCGCGGAGGAGCUGGCCAAGGAUGUUGUUGCCCGUCCGUUUGGCAUUGUGUCGCUCCGGCCGCUGAACGCCAAGUUCCAGACCCUGCGUUUGGCAAACAUCCCGGAGCGCUCGACCCCGGAGCCGGCCCAGGACGCCCCGCGCAAGUCGGCCCAACGCUCCGGCAACACGCUGUUUAUCAUCCCGGAGGCGCCGCCCCGGCCGCCAGUGUCCACCUGGCACCAGGCCAAGGCGGGCAAGCCCUGCAACGCAUACCUCAUGGCGGGAUCGUGCGAGUACAUGGACACCUGCCCAUUCGACCACAGUAUCAGGCUGGACCCUGAGGUGCCGGGCGUGCCUGGGAGCACCUCCCUGACGAAUGUUUCGCCCGACCCCUGUCAUACCUACCUGGUCGAGGGAUGGUGCCGCUUUGGGGACGGCUGCAUGUAUACACACUAUAAGACGCUGCCAGCGGUGGCGGGUGAGCCGAAUGCGAAGACCCCGCCGGCGGUGCCCCGGGCGACUGUGCCGGCAGCCGCGGUCGUCCCGCCGGGGUGUGCGACGCCGACGCCGCCGGCCGAGCCGGCACCCCCGAACAUCUCGGCGCCUGGGGUGGUGUUGAAGGCGGCGGCGCCGGGCAACCCCAGCCCGCCGCCGGCCCCCCGGACCGCCCGGCGGCAAAAGUUCGUUCCGAUCUCGGUCGUGCUGGCGCAGUCGCCGUGGGGUGCUCGCCCGGUGGCGCGGCCGUCGGAGGAGCAGACACCCCAGCCGGCCCAGGCGCCGGUCCCGCCCUCCGACCAGCCCCACUACAGCACGGAGCCCGAGGCCGGUGACGGACAGGAAGGCCUCCAGGGGGAGGCCGUGGCGCCGGAGGCCCUGUCGCCGCUGGUUUCGGACUCGUCCGAGCAGGAGGCCGCCUCGCCGGGGCCCGGCCAGGAGGCCAGUCCCCCGCCGGCACCCGUCGACUUGGGGCCCUCCUUCACGCAGUUCAUCCUGACGGCGCACCGUCGCGACAGCCCGGGGCAGUACCUGUGCGACACUUCGAGCCACAUCGAGUACAUCCUGGGCAUCAUGGAGGAGCGUCGCUUUGAGGGGCUCAUCCCCCCGCUGUCGGAGCAGGAGUUCGACUGGCGGUUCUCGCCGUCGACGGUGCAGGUGCUGUAUACGAAGUGGCGAACCCCGGUGGACCUCAUGCAGCAGAGCUACAACGAUCUCUGCAACCAGGAACCCCUGGACGUGGAGGCCAUGGAUCGUGCCCGUCUGGAGUUGCGGCUCGCCCGGUGGCAGUCAGCCGAGCAGAUCUUCAGGCAUCGCAACAAGAAGCAGGGCCUCGAGUUGAUCCUGGACAAGACUCCCCGGGUGGCGGACUUCCAGGGGCUCCACUUGACGGAGGCCUUGGCUUACUUGGCCUUUGCCAUCCAGCGACUGCAGCGGGUGGCCAACCAUGCCGGGCGCUUCCAGCUCAUGAACAUCAUCACCGGCUCGGCUCCGCUGUCGAAGUACAGCAAGGCUAUCAAGCACGUCAAUCGCAUCCACAUUGCCCUGGCCACGGAUCUGCUGGCUCGCGACAUUUACUUCCGGGAGGACCAUAACCUGUCCUUCCUCUAUCUCAGCUUCCGCGUGGAGCCACGCGAAGUGGCUGACGAUGUCUAGGCCGCUGGAGGGGGGGGGGGCGGGCGCCGGGGGGGGCGCACCCAUGUAAGCUCCAUGCGAAUACACUACCUGCACGAGGA